GAUCAUGAACCGAUAGACUCGUCUAUAAUCUCAUCUCUCUCUCUCUCUGUCACCUCAUACCUGUCGGAUCGGCCUCAGGAAACAACAGGGCUGAGAGACUGAUAGUGAUACUGGCUGGUAUUCGAGGAAUCUGUGAGAUAAGACUGCCGUGGAUAUGAAGCUGAACCCGUCUGAAGAGCUGUGUUGGGGGACUCUGGGAACUGUCCGUCCUUUCCCAGACUUCCAUCCUGAGAGAGAUGUUGCUGUUAUUCAGGCUGCUCUGGACAAAAAAGAUAUAAACACAUUAGUGAGGAUACUGACCAAUCGCAGCAAUGCUCAGAGACAGGUCCUGGCUCAGAUCUACCAGAAUCUCACCAAGAAAGAUCUGAAGGCUGGUCUGAAGAAGGUUCUGUCUGGAGAUCUGGAGGCUCUGAUGCUCGGCCUGAUGAUGACACCUUAUCAGUUCGAAGCUCAUCGUCUGCGACAAGCGAUGGAGGGUGUCGGUACAGAUGAAGAAACCCUUCUGGAGAUCUUGUGCACGAGGACACCACAACAGCUUUCCAGCAUCAAUGCUGUGUACAAUAAAGAAUAUAAAUGUGAUCUGGAGAAAGAUUUGAUCAGUGAGACCAGUGGAGAUUUCACCAAGCUGCUUGUGGCUCUGCUUAAGAAGGAGCCUGGGCGAGGACCUGUGGAGCCCGACACUGAGGCGUUAUCUGAAGAGCUGAGCAAUAAGAAGGUGGAUGCAGGUCCGUGGAUAAGAAUUCUCACUACAAGAGAUCCGGCCCAUCUCAGAAAUGUGCUGAUUCAGCUGGAGGCCGAGACGGGUCAGCCCGUAUCUGACGUUAUAGAGAAACGCUUUGGAGGGAUCUUCUCUGGAGAUUUCAAACUGGGUUUAAAGACUCUAGUGCGCUGCAUACAGAACCCACACCUAUACCUCGCCCAGCGGAUCAAGAACAUGAAAGCAUCAGUGCUGCAGGGAGUGAUGCUGUCACACAGUGAAGAGGAUCUACUGGCUGUGAGAGUGGCGUACAAAGCGCAAACAGGGACCUCGCUUUACACCACCUUACAGAAGCAGUUUAAGGGAGAUCUCCAGCAGGCUCUGUUAGCUGUGUGUCGCGCUGAAGACUAAAGGAGCAGAAAUGGGAUUUGAACAGAUAUUUUGAUGGAACACCACUGGAUAUUUUGCCAAUUAAAAUAUAUAAUAAAUAAAGUUAAAACAUA